CGUGCCCUCUCUCUCUGAUAUCUCUCUCUGUUUUUUCAGUCAUCGCCAUGGGAAGAGCUCCUUGCUGUGAUAAAGCUACUGUGAAGAGAGGGCCAUGGUCUCCUCAAGAGGACGCCACUCUCAAAAACUACAUCCACAAACAUGGCACUGGUGGCAACUGGAUUGCUCUGCCUCGUAAAGCUGGCCUUAAUCGCUGUGGCAAGAGUUGUCGUCUGAGGUGGCUGAAUUAUCUUCGACCAGACAUCAAACAUGGAAGUUUCACGGAGGAAGAAGAUAGCGUUAUUUGCACUCUCUAUUCAUCCAUUGGUAGUAGGUGGGCUGUAAUUGCAUCACAAUUGCCUGGGAGAACCGAUAAUGAUGUCAAGAACCACUGGAACACCAAGUUGAAGAAGAAGUUCAAUUCAGUUUCCGAAACGCCAAAUCCCACGGUUGCCGCCGCCGCCGCCGCCGCCGCCGACGGCCACCACAAUGCCACUACCGACAUCACAUUUCCGGCCAACACGCCGCUGUUUCCCAACGCCAACAUUCUGUUUUCCACUCCUCUGAAUUUCGACCCACAAGAAUUUCCCACGAUGGACCGGUUUCCGACGACAGAGCAAACCCAGAUCCCAUUUUCCGGCAAUGGCGGCGGCUCCGACGACGGCGAAAUUCUACUAAGCUAUGGGUUUUAUCAGUACCCUUAUGAAGAUCAUCUUGCGGAAGGAUUAUUUGACGUAAGUUAUUAUAUGGGGUAAAUUAAGGUUUAAGGAAUAAUUAAUUAAUUAAUUAAUUAUAGUAAUUGGAGUGGGGAAUUUAGGACUUGGUCAAAAAAGAGAGAGAGAGAGGGGCAUUUUGUGUUGGUAGAGUUUGUUUGAGUUUGAUGAUUCAUUUGUGUAAGGAGAUGAAGUCAGCCAAGACUUUGUUUGUUUCUGACUGGUCAGUGGUCACAAACCUCGUGUUUGUUUUAUCCAUUCCCACAACAAAGAAAUUUCCUCUUUAAA